UGUGUGUGUGUGUGUGUGUGUGUGUGUGUGUGUGUGUGUGUGUGUCAGCUGCUAUUUAAACAGUACACACCCUGCCCGUCCCGGAUCAUAACGGAGCUGCUGCUGCUGCUGAAGGUGAACUCAACAUGGCGCUGGUUUCUGAGUUUCUGGGACAACUGACGCUGUCGUACGGCGGGGAGGAGGAGCCUAAAUUCCCCACCGUGGUGCCGGCACGAGACUUCGACCCGGGAAGAGACGCCACCCGGAUCGACACCGCCAUCAAGACUAAAGGAGUGGACGAGCAGACGGUGAUCGACAUCCUGACGAGACGCAGCACGGAGCAGCGGAGAGAGAUCGCCUUCGAAUAUGAACGGAUCGCUAAGAAGGAUCUGAGCGUGGCCCUGAAGGGGGCGCUGUCCGGCUCCCUGGAGGCUCUGCUGCUGGGUCUGAUGAAGGGCACCGCUCAGUACGACGCCUCGGAGCUCAAAGCCUCCAUGAAGGGCCUGGGGACGGACGAGGAAACGCUCAUCGAGAUGGUCUGCUCGAGAAACAACGAGGAGCUGCUGGAGAUAAAGAGGGUUUACAAAGAGAUGUUUAAGAAGGAGCUGGAUAAAGAGGUAGCCGGAGACACUUCAGGGGACUUCGCUAAACUGCUGCUAGCGCUGGUUCAGACAAAGAGAGAUGAGCCGUCUAACGUGGUGGACUAUGAGAAGAUCGACGAGGACGCCAGAUGUCUGUAUGAAGCCGGGGUUCAGAGGAAAGGCACCGACGUGGCCGUCUGGAUCUCCAUCAUGUCCCAGAGGAGCGUCCCCCACCUGCAGAAAGUGGCUCAUGUUGAGCGCUAUAAGAGCUACAGUCCCUACGACAUGAAGGAGAGCAUCAGGAAGGAGGUGAAGGGAGACCUGGAGAAGUCCUUCCUCACUCUGGUGGAGUGCUUUGAGAACAGACAGCUGUACUUCGCCAACAGACUCAAUGAAGCCAUGAAGAGUAAAGGAGCGAAGGAGAAGGUGGUGACGAGGAUCAUGGUCUCUCGCUGUGAAGUCGACCUGAUGAAAAUCCGCUCAGAGUUCAAGAAGACGCACAAGAGAACUCUGUAUCAGACCAUCGCUGAGCACACUAAAGGAGACUACCAGAAGGCUCUGCUGAGUCUGUGCGGAGGAGACGACUGAGCUCUGAGUGGACUCCAUUUCCCAGAAGGCCGCUGGGUCCUAACAUCAGCUGACUGCAGAUUUUCUUUUAACUCUGCCCAUAAGAGCCUUGUUGUUGUUUUUUCUCUGUUAAACAGAUCACCUUCAUCUCUCUGAGCAGCUUCAGUUUUUAAAUAAAAUCGUUUCACCAGA